AGCGUUUAGUCUCUUUUCAUAGCUAUUGGGCUGCACAGGUGCCAGGCAGCCCAGCAAACGAUCAUUAUAUAGUGUUAUAAGCACUUGAGUGAGCGCAAAUUUCAUGCGUUUGUCGGUAGUUCGCGUAAUACCCGUCGUUGUCGUCGUCAGCGGUGGUGUGCUACAGCCGUGGAGUCGUGAAAUUUCGAUUCGAAUGAUUGAAUUUUAGUCACGCGUCCUUGAAAUAAGUGCAAAUACUCCAGUGUCGCAAACUGCGGUAUUAACGAUUUUUGUUUGUGUUGUUAGUAUCCGGUGGCGAUCCAGUUUGUGGAUGAUAGGCGCGAACCAAGUGCAUCAGUUCAGUAAACAAAACAUUCCUCAUACCGUAUAGAUAUUCCAAAAGUGCGCCAACUUCUAAGGUGUCGAGAGACCAUAAAACGAGUGUUUUGAGGGAGUUCAAACAAGAUUUACGAUUGUGCUAAAAUUGUUUAACGAGCGUACUCGCCGUUCGGUGUCCAGUGCAAAGCUAUUAGGAAGAAUGCAAAGCUCAAUGAUUCGAACGCAGCCUCGGCGUAGCCACCGAUGUCAAUGGAGGAGCCCAACACCCCAGAUUGGCCACCGGUCAGGUACGCGGGUGACAACUGAUAGUAGCACCACAAGCUGCCAUAUGAUAUUGAUCUCAGUUGGUUUACUACUACUAUCGUUGGCUAACUAUACCAAUGCCCAGCUCACCAGGAGAUUUCCCGACGAUUUCCGGUUCGGAGUGGGUUCUUCCUCGUACCAGAUCGAAGGCGGUUGGAAUGAAGGCGGCAAAGGAGAAUCCAUUUGGGAUCGCUUGACUCAUCGGUUUCCGGAGAAAAUCGAAGAUAGCAGCAAUGGGGACAUGACGGCUGAUAGUUAUCAUCAGUGGCGGCGCGACGUAGAGAUGGUACGUGAGCUCGGUGUUGACAUCUACCGGUUCUCGCUGUCCUGGCCUCGGAUUCUUCCGAGUGGGUUCGUAAACAGUGUCAGCAAAAAUGGCAUCCGGUACUACGGCCGGUUGAUCGAUGAACUGCACAAGUACAACAUUACGCCGAUGGUGACGCUGUACCAUUGGGAUUUACCACAACGACUGCAGGAACUGGGUGGCUGGACAAAUCCGGAAAUGAUUGGAUAUUUCAAGGACUUUGCGCGGGUUGCAUUUGAGCAGUUCGGGGAUCGUGUUAAAAUCUGGACCACCUUCAAUGAACCGUGGCACGUUUGCGAGCAAGCUUACGGAAUUGAUUUUAUGGCUCCGGCCUUGGAUUUCCCCGGAAUCCCUUCAUAUCUUUGUGGACACAAUCUGCUGAAGGCACAUGCAGAAGUGGUUCACAUGUAUAGGAGACGGUUUCAGCCUAAGCAGCAUGGAUCUAUUGGGAUAACUACCGACGUUUCUUGGCCAGAACCCUUGACAAACAGUGAUAGUGACAAAGAAGCUUCCGAGCAAGCAAUGCAGUUCUAUGUCGGCUGGUUCGCUCAUCCCAUCUUCUCCGAGAGUGGUGACUAUCCGCAGGUUAUGAUCGACCGAGUGGCGGCACUCAGCAAACAGCAAGGAUUCUCCAAGUCACGUCUGCCGGCUUUCACCCGGGAAGAGGUGGACAAGAUCAGGGGGACUGCCGAUUUCUUCGGUAUCAACUCGUACACUACGGUGCUGGUGACUAAGAACGAUCGGAAUAAUUCCGCCAAGUAUCCGGUGCCAUCGUACAACCACGAUAUGGGAGUGGUGGAGUCCAGUGAUCCGAGUUGGCCCAAGAGUGGGUCGGUGUGGUUGCAUGUGGUACCAUCGGGAAUGAACAAGUUGCUCAACUGGAUCCGCCGCGAGUACAACAAUCCACCGGUCUACGUCACCGAGAAUGGCGUUAGCGACCGGGGUGGCACCCACGAUGUCAAGCGAAUCGACUACUUCAACUCGUACCUGGAGGCCGUGCUGGACGCCAUCGAGGACGGGUGCAAUGUGCAGAUGUAUAUCGCUUGGAGUCUGAUGGAUAGCUUCGAGUGGAAGGCUGGAUUUACGGAGAAAUUCGGACUGUACCAUGUGGACUUUUCGAGUCCGAACCGAACGAGAACACCCAAAGCUUCGGCCAAGGUUUAUGCCAAGAUUGUGCGAACGCAUCGGAUCGACUGGAGUUACCGGCCGGCGCCGGAGGUCAUCAUCAAAGCACCAUCGGCUUAUCGCUCAAACAGUAGUAUUAGGGUUCCUGUGAUAUACUUGACGCUGGCCAUGCUGGGAAUCGCACUGAAAGUGAUUUACAGCAAAUAGGGAAUGUGAAUCUCGUCUGUGCCUGUGACAGUAUUUUACAUUUUUUAUAAGUUGUACAUAUGUGUAUUAUUUUUUCUCGGAAACAAGUGAAUGCUUUUUUAA